UCGAGUUUAUUGUUUUCCAUUAUUUAUGUUAUUUCAAAUUCAUUAAUUUUAAAUGAUCUUAUCCGCAUAAGCAGAAUAUUUUACAUCAGCAUGCAGCAACCGUCUUUGGAAAGGGAAUCAUGUGGAAACAUCAGCAAUAUUCUCUUCUAUUUCUUGUUAAACUAGUGUUCUUUAUAUUUUUAGAUAACUAUUUACUGGCAGACAAAAUUCAUUUUUCGAAAUGGUUACGUGUAAAUAAAAACAAAACCAUAAUUUCGACAUUCGAAACUAUUUCAAGUAUAAGUGUAGGUAACUGUGUGAAUUCGUGUAAAGCUAGGAAAAGAUGCGAAUUUAUUAAUUACAAUGUACAUUACAAAGCCUGUUUCUUAAUCGGUUUGAUAAAUGCCACUGAUGUUCACAAAUUACAACAGUAUAAUGUUACAGUACUGGAAUCUAAGAGCGGGUAUGUAUUUGGAAACAAGUCUGAAUGGAAAAUGGAAAAUUAUGGUGCCUGCCGAGGGUGUAACUAUCAGGGUUUUUGUGAUUCGGAGGAAAACACGCCGGAAAUGCCCUCAACAUGCGUAUCCUCGGGUUGCGGUGUACCCGUGCUGGAAAUUAAUGGGCUUGAGAUUUAUGGAAAUAUGUAUAAUGCUGGUGACAAAGUAAUUUUUAAAUGCAACGAUACGUUUUACCUGAAGAUGUUGGAUAACUUUCAUGCCAAUGUUUCUGUGGUAACAGCUUUAUGUAACAGCAACGGUUUUUGGGAGUACCCGAAAUUCACGUGUGAGCAUCGUACACUAACGAAUGUUGCCAUUAAUAAAACAGUGAAUCUCAGCUCUCAAUAUAGUGAUGUCAGUCCUGGAAACCUAAUGGUCGAUGGUGACAGAAGUAAAUUAUGGCCAUGCACAAGUACUAGUAAGGAGGCUUUUCCGUGGGCAAUAAUCGACCUUGAGCAUACCUAUACGCUCUUCUAUUUGUACUUGGCUAACAGAAUCAAUUGUUGUCCCGACCGGCUUCACAAUCUGAAAAUAUAUGUUGGUGAAAGUGAAACAAGUUUUGAACUUGUCCACAGUCGUGAAGAGGUUAUUGGUGAAUCAUGCACGGUGAACUUUAACCCCUCUGUCCAGGGUCGAUAUGUCAAGCUUCAAAUAGAGGCAACUGAGUAUCUUACAAUUUGUGAAUUAGAGGUUUAUGCUGUGAUAUAGAUUCAUGAGCUUAUUUUUAAAUUUAUAAAAUGGAUUUAUUGAAUGUUUAUUAAGUAAUUUAAAGCAGCACGCCUUCAGAUUCAUGCUAAUUCUCAUGAAUGUUUUUAAAUGAAUUAAAAAAAGAAAAUAAUAGUGUCAGGCGAACAAAGAUAGUGAUUGCAACAUGCAAACGGCUCUAAGAAACUACCAAAAAUACAUCAGAAUAUUGAUAAAUUGCCGUUACCGAUCGAGAGUUAGUCAUACAGUAGACGUAUGGUAAUAGAUAUUAUAAAUUGAAGCAUACAACAUGAGCCUUUUUCUUUAACUGUGAAUAUUUUUACCUUUCUUAAAAUAUUAUUACAAUUUUACUCAAUUUUAAAUUUUAAAAAAUGUUUGCUCAUCUGGAGGCAUGCGGCUUUAACAAUCGCCAUAAAACUAAUGUCAGAUACUGGCAUUUAAUUCAAUGGAAGACAUAUGUCGUAUCUGUCACAAAAUUCAGUCGUAUUAUUCUCCUUUUUAACACUUUCAUGUUUAUACGUGUAAUCAUACAUUAUAAAUAUCAAAAUGAAGUAUACUCCCUC